AUGACCCCACAAGAGCGUGAUUUUUUUAUUAAUAACGACAAUCCAACACCAGUAGAGUUUUUUAAAAGGUUCAAUUACACGUCGAAGCAAACAGCUGUUUCGAAAUGGCACUCAGUUCUUAGCGCGCUCCUCAAAGUUUAUCCAGACGAACCCAAAUUUGUUGUUAUCUACCAAAAUUACAUAAAGAAUAAAUAUAAGCAAGCUAUCGAAGAUUAUUUUAAAUCAUCGUCUGCUUCUAUUCUUGACGAGGAAAAGGACUCUAUUGAUAGAGAGCUAACCAAGAAAACAGGAAAAGCGAUUCGAAAUCGCAUCGAUGAUCUCCUUCCUAACGAUCAUGUAAAUUCUAAAAAACCUCGCUUGACGGAAUCUGUUAAUAGUUCAAUAUUAAUUUCGGCCGACUCAAAGAUAAAUAAAGUUGAUCACAUUACUGAUUUGCCUAACGAAAGAGAGGAUGAGUCUGAGCAAUUCGACACACGUAAUUUAUUGACUAAGAAGCGACAUUCUUGGGAAAAUGUUAUUAAAGAGAUCGAUAUAAGAAAUGACUCUAAAAAGGAUUGGAUUAUUGAUAAAUAUAAUCUCUCAACUGAAUUUCGUAAUUUUCAACUAUCAACAAUCCGAGAAAUUGAAAAGAUCCCUUUUCUGUCCUUUAAAACUGAUCUUCAUAAGAUUCUUUGCCUGUCCAACAUAAUGCUUAUAGAGCAGACAAGGCCGUUGUAUCUCACCUGCGUUGAAACAGUUUGGAGCCAAAUAUGCCAAAGACAAGUGCCUCCAAGUUUGCCAGAUGUGGUCCAAAAUAUGAUUUUGGAAUAUUCUAAACUAUUGAAUGCAUUCACACCAAUAGUUGAUAUUCAGAAGACUUGGUGUAGAAAUUUUUCAAAAGUUAACGAGUUGAGCAACCAAGAUGACAUAGAAAAAUUUUGUGGAAUUCAAAUUAUUUUACGUAAUUUUUUAUUACUGAACCUCAAAGCCAAUAAUGACAACGAAGACACCUUCGUUCAUGACAUGUUGCACGAUUUGCUAAAAGAAAUCUUUCGCGAUCCAAUUUUUGAGUUGAUCUGGGCCAACAGUGAAAGCGCUUCGUCAAAAAAUCGACGUCGUAACAAUAAAGAAAAUUCGCGAGGUAAAAAACCGGAUUUUAAGCUCCUAGUGAAUACAAAUGAUGAGAUUCUCUUUGGCGAAGUCAAAUCACCAAAAUAUAAAAAUCUAUCUUCAUUGGUUUGUCAAGAUUUUGUCAAGCUUGCAAAUUUUCAAUCCGGUACUUUGGAUGAGUUAGUUAAAAAGUAUGGAAAUAGGAUUGGAAUGACAUCUUUCGGAGUGUUGAUUUGUGGCAAGUGCACGGGCUUGGAUGUAUCUGGUCGCAGACGUAGUUUUACCCACUCAAAAAUCCCAAUUCAUAAGUCUGGUGCCAAUAUUGGAGGCAUUGUACAAUGUAAAA